AUGAGCUUUAGUUCCUCUAAGGUGGCGCCACAGGCGGAGAUUGAGACUCAGGUGGACCCAGAGUCAGAGGGGCUCCAAACUGAGACCCCGUGGGAGUCGCCGUCAGAGGAGGAGUCCAAGGCGGAGCCGGUGGAGGGGCCUGAACCCGACUCCCAGGAGGCGCCCAAGAGCCAGCCGUCGCUGAUCGACGUCAGGAAGCCGGAGUCCGAGGAGAUUAGGGCGUCCGAUGAGGGACUCGAAUCAGACCCCAGCUGGUCGUCAGGGCCGCGCUUAGAGUGGCUACCGCCGUUGAGGCAAGAAUCGAAGCCAUCUCGCUGCCACACCAACUGCCUGGAGGGGCCGCUCUCCCGCGCCUUCGAACGGCUGGGAUGGUUGGUGGGUAUGCACCCCUGGAUCUUCCUGCUGGUACCCAUCCUACUGACGGCCGCCCUUGGCAUCGGUUUUAUUUACCUGCCCAAGGAUGAAGAAGAAGAUCUCGAGGAGCAGUACACUCCGAUUGGGAGCCCAGCCAAGGCCGAGCGGCGAUUUGUGCAGGGACAUUUCACCACUAAUGACUCAUAUCGCUUCUCUGCUUCCAGAAGCAGCAGUGAGACCAAUUUCGCUUCAAUUCUGGUGGUCUCCAACAGCCGAACACUGCUGGACUCAGAGAUCUUUGAGGAAGUUAGUAGAUUGGACCAAGAGGUGCAGACUCUGACUUUGACAAAGGAAAACGGAGACCAGAUCCCCUACAAAGAGGUGUGUGCCAAGUACAGGACUCUCUGCGUGCCCUCCAACCCACUCCUGUACACCUGGCAGAGGAACAAAUCCCUCGAACUGAACAAAUUCACCUUCCCCCUCCAUAAACUUCACAACCGUUUCAUCUACCUGGCUGGCUUCUUUGGUGGAAAUAUUUUAGGUGAUGCCGUAGGAACGAACCAGUUACUUCUGGAGAGCAAAUCCAUGAGGUUAUUGUACUUCCUAAAGACAGAAAUGAAGGAGGACAGCGAUCGGAGCAAGGAGUGGCUAGUUCAUUUUCUGAAUGAAUUUUACAACCUUAAGGAGAGGAUGGCUUUUAAAAAUAUCCAGGUGGUCCACUUUACAUCGAUUUCCAGACAACUGGAAUUUGAGGCAACUUCUAUGACAGUGGUCCCUUUGUUUCACUUGGCCUACCUUCUAAUCAUAAUAUUUGCAAUUGUAUCAUGCUACAGGUUUGACUGUGUACGAAACAAAAUGUGGGUUGCAAUCUUUGGAGUGGUUUCUGUUGCCUUUGCAGUGGUGAGCGGCUUUGGCCUGAUGUUGUACAUUGGGGUGCCAUUUGUGAUCAUAGUUGCAAAUUCACCAUUUCUUAUUCUAGGUGUUGGGGUUGAUGAUAUGUUUAUCAUGAUUUCUGCCUGGCAGAAGACCAGUCUUAGGAAUAGCAUAGAAGAGCGGAUGUCCAAUGUCUAUUCAAAGGUGGCAGUGUCCAUUACAAUCACCACUGUCACCAAUGUCCUGGCCUUCUAUACAGGGAUUAUGAGUUCUUUCAGGUCCGUACAAUACUUUUGCAUCUAUACAGGAACAACCCUGCUCUUUUGUUAUUUUUAUAACAUCACCUGUUUUGGAGCAUUUAUGGCCCUGGAUGGUAAAAGAGAAAUACUCUGCCUACGCUGGUUGAAAAAGCCAGAUCAAAAAUAUUCCUCAUUAAAAAAGGCCUGCUGUCUCCCAUUUUCUUCUAUGCCAGAUGAACAAGGAACUGAUAUCCAUCCAAUGAAUUUGUUCUUUAGAGACUAUUUUGGUCCUUUACUCACGAGAACCAUGUCCAAGUUUUUUGUAGUGGUGGUAUACAUUUUGUAUAUCACAAGCAGCAUAUAUGGGUGUUUCCAGGUGCAGGAAGGUUUAGACCUUCGAAAUCUAGCAAGUGAUGAUUCCUACAUUACACCAUAUUUUAAUAUAGAGGAAGAUUAUUUUUCAGAUUAUGGUCCCAGGGUUAUGGUUAUUGUUACUGAAAGUAUUAACUACUGGGAGGAAGAUGUAAGGAAAAAAUUGGAAAAAUGUAUGGAGACUUUUGAAGAAAAUGACUUUGUAGAUAAAAAUCUUACAGAGUUUUGGUUACGCGAAUAUAUGAAAUUUAUGAAAAGUAGUGGACAAGAGCCUAAUGAUAAGGAUACUUUUAUGAAUGGUAUGUCUGAAUUUUUAGGUAGAUUUCCAGUUUUUACAUAUGAUAUUAAUACUUCAUCAUCAAAUGAAAUCACUUCCUCUCGGGGCUUCAUUCAGACUAUGGGUGUUUCUUCCUCAACCAAUAAGAAAAUAAUGUUACUCCAAUUACGAGAAAUAGCUGAAAAGUGUGAAGUUCCUUUAAUGGUGUAUAACCAGGCAUUCAUAUAUUUUGAUCAGUAUGCUGCAAUCAUAGAAAACACUGUGCGGAAUAUCAUGGUUGCGUCAUCAGCUAUGUUCAUUGUGUCCUUAUUGUUAAUUCCUCAUCCAAUGUGUUCCUUGUGGGUAACUUUUGCUAUUGCUUCUGUGAUUGUGGGAGUAACAGGUUUCAUGGCAUUCUGGAAUGUCAAUCUUGAUUCCAUAUCCAUGAUUAAUCUUGUCAUUUGUAUAGGGUUUUCUUUUGAUUUUUCUGCACACAUAUCUUACGCAUUUGUUUCCAGUACUAAGAUUUCAGUAAACCAAAAAUCAAUUGAGGCAUUAUAUCUGCUAGGCUAUCCAGUGUUACAAAGUGCAAUUUCAACAAUAAUAGGGGUGUGUGUUUUAGCUACAGCUAAAGCAUACAUCUUCAGGACAUUUUUCAAGAUUAUGUUUCUUGUUAUGGUAUUUGGGGCUGCUCAUGGCCUAAUUUUUAUUCCAGUCUUCUUAACCUUUUUUUGA